ACGUUCAUUUUCUCUGUGUCAAUAUCGGGAUUUAUAGUUUACACAGGUACCAGUUGCCGUUGCUGCUCAUCGUAUGCUUAGGAAUACGUUCUUUAGACUCGGCCGACCUAAAGGUCCGUUAGGCCGGCGACCUGGCAAGGAGUACCGCCUUACGGUUCCUUACCGUAGUGAGGUUACAAUGAUUCGUCUCUGCAAUAAACCACGCUUCAACUCUAACAUACGUGAACUCUUCAAACGGCCGCUCAUGCAGAACAAUCUCAAGGCAAUUCCGCGUGACCUUGGCGAUCUGCCGCGAAACUAUGUGCUUAAACUACUGUACUUUCACCAGCCCAUACGCCUUAUAGAUUUCUGGGAGGUAUGCAAGCAGCAGGAUGAUGUCCCUCUUGACUCUGCUAAGCACCUGCGCUUGGUUUUGAAAAUUGCCAAGCUUCAGAAAUGGGUUUACGCAGAGAAAAACCAAACAAAUAACCUGUAUUAUUACUAUAUUCAUCAGAGCCGCAUGCACGAGGUGAAGGAUAUGAUUCACGCUGAUGAGAUCAUACGCAAGCGUAAGGAGGCGGAGGAAGCGGAAGCCGCGGUGCGGCGGGCUCAAGAGGACCUCAACGAGGCAGCAAAGCGUAUGGAUGACAACAUCGUUACGAUGCAAAACCUUUUGGUACAGGGCAUCGCAGCUAUCCGGGAGUUCGACCCAGGUUAUGUUGAGGGUAAGCCGUAUGUCAUGGAGAACGAGGCCGUAAACUGUGCUUGGCAUUGGGAGGGUCUAACCAAGCGUAUCUCAGCAGACCAGGAUUCGAAACCAGUGUAAACGAGGUAGGUUUGUGAACCAGAGACUAAAAAGUGGUCAUUAGAGUCGUAAAGGAUGACUGGGGCAAAUCAUAGGAACUUCCCUUUGUAAAGAAACGUUUGUAGGUAGUUGUUUCCACCUUUUUGUAUUGCAGACGCUCCUUUGUCAUGUUUAUCUGGAUGGAUUUGCGGACAAACGUUAGACUUGAUGGGCAUAAUACACCAGGUAUUGCCCUGAUAUUUAUUCUCUCUGUUAUUAGUGCAUCAAUUGAGCGAUUCGUUUACACAAAAUUUUACUUGAAUUCUCAUACGCAUAUGCAUACAGAGGAAUAAAAAA